AUGUUGAAGAUCUCGGUGUUGUCGAAGAUACCGGGCGUCACUUCCUACAGUAGAAUCAGCACGGUACUUGAGCUUCUCCUCGGUGGGCAGCUCGAAAAGGUUCUUCCCAAUGGCGAACUGCUCAUCGACCUCCUCUUGGCUGAGGCCAAAGUUUACGAUGUAGAAGAAACCGACCUCUUGCAGAGCCUUGAACAGCUGGUUGGCGAGAGCCUCUUUGCCUCCAGGCUGGUCGAACUUGGACAGAUCAAGCGUUACCAGAUUAGCCCAAUCCACUACGACUGGUCAAUACAACGAACUGAGAUGUCAUUCAUCUAG